AUGGAGGGCGGCGGAGGAUCGGGGCGUAGUGGCCGGGACAAGAAGAAGGGGAAGGGGCCAGAGGAGGCGGCGACGGGGUCUGGGGACCCCGGCAAGUCAAAGAAAUUCACUUUGAAGCGGCUGAUGGCGGAUGAGCUGGAGCGAUUCACCAGCAUGCGGAUAAAAAAGGAGAAGGAAAAAUCCAAUGCGGCUCAUAGGAAUUCGUCUGCUUCCUAUAAUGAUGUUCCUAGUGCAGGCCAGGUGCUGCAGGACAUCACAGAUCAGGAGGUGCUGGGCCUCUUUGAACAGAUGCUGGUCGAUAUGAAUCUGAAUGAGGAGAAGCAGCAGCCUCUGAGGGAGAAGGACAUAAUAAUCAAGAGGGAGAUGGUGUCCCAGUAUCUACAUACCUCCAAAGCUGGCAUGAGUCAGAAGGAGAGCGCCAAGUCAGCCAUGAUCUAUAUCCAGGAGCUGAAAUCAAAUCUCAGGGAUGCCCAAUUGCUCGGUUGUUUGGAGUCUCUGCGAGUGUCGCUCAACAACAACCCUGUCAGCUGGGUACAGAAUUUUGGGGCUGAGGGCCUCAACUGCCUGCUGGACAUAUUAAAAAGGCUCCAUGAUGAGAAGGACGAGGCACCCAGCUCCUAUGACACCCGAAGCAAACAUGAGAUCAUCCGAUGCCUGAAGGCUUUCAUGAACAACAAGUUUGGAAUCAAGACAAUGCUGGAAACGGAGGAGGGGAUCUUGCUGUUGGUGAGAGCUGUUGACCCCAAAGUCCCUACCAUGAUGAUAGAUGCUGUGAAGCUGCUGUCUGCUCUCUGUAUCCUGCCUCAGCCCGAGGACAUGCAUGAGCGAGUUCUGGGGGCACUGACAGAGCGAGCAGAAGUGGACGAGGUGGAGCGAUUCGGUCCCUUGUUGGAUGGUUUAAGGGGCGGAACCUCUGUGGCACUGAAGGUAGCCUGUAUGCAGCUGAUCAAUGCCCUUAUCAUCCCUGCUGAUGAGCUCGACUUCCGAGUUCAUAUUCGAAGUGAACUGAUGCGUUCUGGGUUGCAGCACAUCCUUACGGAGCUGCGGAAACUGGAGAAUGAGGAACUGAAGGUGCAGCUGAGUGUAUUUGAAGAACAUGGUGAGGAGGAUUCUGAAGACCUCAGGAGCCGCCUUGAGGACAUUCGCAUUGAAAUGGAUGAUUUCAGUGAAGUCUUCCAGAUUCUCCUCAAUACAGUAAAGGAUUCCAAAGCAGAGCCAUUCUUCCUGUCCAUCCUGCAGCACCUUCUGCUGAUCCGCAACGAUUAUGAAGCCAGGGCUCAGUACUAUAAGCUAAUUGAUGAAUGCAUUUCCCAGAUAGUUCUGCAUAAGAAUGGUGCUGAUCCAGACUUCAAAUGCAAGCACCUCAACAUUGACAUCGAGGGAUUAAUAGAUAACUUGAUUGAUCAAACGAAGGUGGAGAAAAGUGAGGCUAAAGCAGUGGAGCUGGAGAAAAAGCUGGACUCAGAACUGACUGCACGGCAGGAGCUUCAGGUUGAAAUGAAGAAGAUGGAAAGUGACUUUGAAAAGAAACUCCUGGAUUUAGAUGCAGAGAAGCAAUUCCUGGACAAGGAGAAACAACAAAUUACCCUAGAGAAGCAGAGUUUAGAAGAUGAAGUCUCCAAGAACAACAAGCAGAUCAUUGAGUUAUCGAAGGAGCUUAAAGAUACUAAGAGGGAAAUUGCUGCUAUCUCUUCUAAAGCUGCAUCUGCCUCGCCUCCCCCGCCGCUCCCUGGGGCGGCUGUGGUCCCCCCGCCUCCCCCGCCGCUCCCUGGGGCGGCUACGGUCCCGCCGCUCCCUGGGGCGGCUAUGGUCCCGCCUCCCCCGCCGCUCCCUGGGGCGGCUGCGUUCCCGCCGCCUCCCCCGCCGCUCCCUGGGGCGGCUGCAUUCCCACCUCCUCCCCCUCCGCUCCCUGGUGGUCCUGGGAUCCCGCCCCCUCCCCCUCCGCUCCCUGGAGGUCCUGGGAUCCCACCGCCUCCUCCAGGAAUGGGUGCCCCUCCUCCUUUGCCCCCUGGGUUCGGGAGCUGGGGAGCCCCUGCAGCUCCAGCUCUCCCCUAUGGAUUGGCUCCAAAGAAACAAUAUAAGCCAGAGGUGCAGCUGCGGAGACCUAACUGGUCUAAGAUUGUGGCAGAGGAGCUGUCCCAGGACUGUUUCUGGACCAAGGUAAAAGAAGAUCGAUUUGAGAAUGAUGAGCUCUUUGCCAAGCUAACGCUCACCUUCUCUGCCCAGACUAAAUCCUCCAAGGCAAAGCAAGACCAGGAAGGCGGACCGGAGAAGAGUACACAAAAGAAAAAGGUCAAAGAGCUGAAAGUGUUGGAUUCAAAGAGUGCACAGAAUCUCUCGAUUUUCCUGGGCUCCUUCCGUAUGCCUUACGAGGAGAUCAAGAAUGUAAUCCUGGAGGUGAAUGAGGCUGUGCUGACUGAGUCCAUGGUGCAGAACCUGAUUAAGCAGAUGCCAGAGCCAGAGCAGCUGAAGAUGCUGUCAGAGCUGAGAGACGAGUACAAUGAGCUGGCUGAGUCUGAGCAGUUUGGUGUUGUGAUUAGCUCGGUUUCCCGCCUGCGGCCCCGCCUCAACGCCAUCCUUUUCAAGCUGCAAUUUAAUGAGCAGGUGGAGAACAUCAAGCCUGAGAUUGUCUCCGUAACAGCAGCCUGUGAGGAAGUGCGUAAAAGUAAGAGCUUUUCCAGCCUGCUGGAGAUAACCCUACUGGUGGGCAACUUCAUGAAUGCAGGCUCCAGGAAUGCUGGUGCCUUUGGAUUCAACAUUAGCUUCCUCUGCAAGCUCCGAGACACAAAAUCCACUGAUCAGAAGUUAACAUUGCUGCACUUCCUGACUGAACUGUGUGAGCAGCAGUACCCUGACGUAAUGAAGUUCCCUGAUGAGCUCAUCCACGUGGAGAAAGCCAGUCGAGUCUCCGCUGAGAAUUUACAGAAGAAUUUGGAUCAGAUGAAGAAACAGAUUUCAGACCUGCAGCAUGAUGUUGAGAAUUUCCCCACUGCCACAGACGAGAAGGACAAAUUUGUGGAAAAAAUGACCAUCUUUGUGAAGGAUGCUCGGGAGCAGUAUGAAAAGCUGCAAAUGAUGUACUCAAACAUGGAGAACCUUUUUAAGGAGAUGGGCCAGUACUUCCUGUUUGACCCCAAGAAAAUAUCCGUUGAGGAGUUCUUCAUGGAUCUGCACAACUUCAGGAACAUGUUUCUGCAAGCUGCCAAGGAGAAUCAGAAGCGGCGUGAGACAGAGGAGAAGAUGCGCCGAGCUAAACUGGCCAAGGAGAAAGCUGAGAAGGAAAGACUGGAGAAGCAGCAGAAGAGAGAGCAGCUGAUAGACAUGAAUGCAGAGGGUGAUGAGACAGGGGUGAUGGACAGCCUGAUGGAGGCCCUGCAGUCAGGAGCAGCGUUCCGGAGGAAGAGAGGACCUCGCCAGGCAAAGAGAAAAGCCGGCUGUGCUGUCACCUCACUGCUAGCCUCGGAGCUGAUGAAAGAUGAUGCGCUGAGUGCAGUACCAAGCAAGGCAGUAAAGAGCACCGAGGCAGCAACGGAUGGAGGGACCCAUGAUGAUAGCAUGGAGAUGAUCAGCCGUUCAAGCUAG